AUAUUGCGUACCUCCAUCUUUUAACAUGUAAUAUUCGUUUAGUUUUGAGAAGUGGGAUGUGAGGGCGAUAUUUUUUGUCCGAUAAUUCAUAAAUGAGUGUUACAUGUUAUUGCUUAUUUCCAAAUCCAUAACUUGAAUAUUGCAUUUUAAAUACCGAAACUUAACCGACGGUUAAACUAUCAGCGAUUAAGGCCUUAAUCCGUGUGUGCAAUACAGUGUAAAUGAAAAUAUUGGCCGUUCACUCGGUAAUCCGUCAUAAAUAUACAGACGUUUGAUUGAAAGUUUAUUAAAGGGUUUUGACUCAUACUAACAUACUUCAUUUGUGUAAAAGGUGAUUUGCUGUUUUGUGUUUGUUUGUUUUUUCCUGAGACUCAAAUUGCGACAGAUAAUCUCUUAAUAAAAUAGAGGAUAUUUUUGGAAUCGGUGGAAUAUCGAUUUUUAUUAGCGAGUGAUCAUAGAAAAUAAUAUUUUCACGAAUAGCGCAGCCACUAGUACAAAUAUUUUUUUAUAUUAUCACGAAUGAAUUAAAAUUGUGCUUCAACCAAUUUCAACACAUUUUUCUUUUUAUUGUAUGCCUUUUCACCGUUUAUUUACAUUGUUAAAGAGCUUAGCUGAAGAAUUUCGCUUCAAUAAUGACCUGAUUUCGUCAAAAACUGUUUGAAACAGUGAAUUAUCAUUUGUAGUGCUCUUAUAUUUCCUUAUAACCACCGAAAAGCAUCGAAUAAUCAAGUGUAAUAAGCUAAGCCAAACGAUUAACUAUGUUCCACUUUCAUAUAUCUCAAACUUUUUAAUACUUUUUAAACUAAAAGCACGUUAUUUACCACUUUAAAAAUGUGCUAUAUGAAACGAAUCUUACAAAAUAACGUACCUUUCUUUAUAUGUAAACGUUAAUUUUGCGAGUAUGAUGAGCAAAAAUUAUCGAAACUCAGCCUGCAAUACCCAACAAAGUUUGGGUUCGUAAUCAAUAAUAAAAGUUGGUCGAUUUAGUGGAAAGAAACAUUAUUGUUCAAACAAAUGAUAACCAGAUGUGAGGAUGAUAUAACGAAUUCAAAGUUGUUUUUUGGAGGAAAUUUACAUUUUCUAAUUAUUAUUUAUGUAUACAUUAUUUAACUGUGAUAAAUGAUUACAUACAAAUAAACUGUAUUCAAUCGUGUUAUCAGAGCAUCUUAUAAGCAAUGCUCCGUAAAACGAGCACUUAUAUACCACGAGCUAGUAAGUUUAUAAAUUGCGACUAAGGUCCUUUAAUAACUACUUUUCAAAUUAGCCUUUCGAUCAUGCAAUGAUUACAAACGCCAGAUUCAUUUGCCAAGAAUCGAUUAAUUUAACAAAAGACAAAUGCAGAACACUUUUAUUUUGCACAUGUAUGUACCUAUUAAUGUGCUUGCUGGUUGCAUUUGAAGAACAUUCUAAAAAGGAACUUAUUUUGUAUGUUACAUGUAUGAAGGCGUUACGUGCCGGUGAGACUUAAACUGCUUGAUAAUGAACGUGAUCGGAGAAAUAUCAUUCGUGUAACGAGCAAUACAAACAUACGCACAAGAACCUGGAAAAAGUAUCUUUGAUGUGUAAUUACAUCAAUGUGAACAACACGAAUGCAAAAUAUAUGGAUAUCAGGAACUAUUUCGAGUGAACACGAUCUCGAAGUUUUUCUCUUUGCACUUCGUUCAUAUCGAGCGAAACUUGGUUAGUAGUCGUGCUCAAACACUGUCUAGAGUAAUGCGAAAUAAUGCAAAAUAGUUAUAAAGUGCCGAGCUUUUACCUCAAACCACUAUUGUAAAUAAAUUCUGCAAUGAUUCUGCAUUGCAAUUCAAAGUAAAUUUGUGAAUAAUUCAAGCGCAGGAAAUGUUCGAACGCCAAGAUAACUUCAUUGACCGCUGAAGGCUUUUAAAUACGCGAUGAACGUCUUCAACCUAAUAUCUGAGGGCGGAUUACGCCCAGUUAACGAAUGUGUAAAAGGAAAUCGUGAUGUCAUAGAGUCGCGAUGUCACGACGGAAAGACACCGCUCAUAUAUGCCGUCUGUGAAGCGAAAGACGACGCUAGAACGCAGAUCGUGCGACUGUUAUUACGUCAAGGAUGUGACGUCAACGCAUCGGACUAUAACGGGCGUACGGCGCUCAUGUUUGCGGCCAUGGACGUCGAUAAAAUCGACAUAGUGCGGCUCCUUGGCCGCUGCAAGUAUUGCGACGCCAACGUUCGCGAUUCGGAGGGCGAAACGGCGAUAAUGCACGCGAUAAUGGGCAACAAUAUACCGGCGUUGAGGUUACUAGUGAACUCAACGUCCAUGAAAAGCCCGGCGGAUCUAGAAUUGCGCAACAGGAACGGUCUCACCGCACUUGAACUGAGCGUCAAACUGCAGAUGGCGGAAUGUUGCAGGAUCCUGGUGAGUGAGGGAGGCGCGAACGCGAAGCAGAUCAAGAACCAGAUCGGCCUGAUGCGACUCAUGGAGGAUGACCACCUCAUUUCGCGAACAAACACUCCGCAUUCUAGAAACGCAUCGCGCCUCCUGAUGAGACAAAAGCUUGGUUCCCCGAUUCCGGAGAAUAAACUUUUUGAAGGACCGUACAUGUCACGUGACAACACGCCUAGUUACCAGGAUGAGUUGAGAGAAGAAUUAACCCCCAGGCAAAGUCUGUUUAGGUCCAACAGCCUUCACCGUUCUCAUAGCAAUCUUUUUAAACGUCGACCGGAAGCCGGUACUCGUCCGUCAAGUUUAAACAGCACAGAUUUAUUCGGGAUUCUCAAUUCGGACAAAAACGAUCUAAAACGGGUUCUUACGCCAAUUUCCGGACGGAAUACGAAUGUUACUCCGGAGACAAGAGACGAACAAACCGAUCUUAACCGAACACGUUUACCCAGCAUCCCUAGUGGCCGGAAGCUUUAUCUUAUACAGCAGCGCAACAAGCUGGAACGUUAGCGUUGUCUAUUUUCUGUCAAUUAAUUUUUUAUGUUAAUGAGAAGGUGUAUUUCCAUCAUCCGCAGCAAUAUUGCUGACAGUUGUGAUAUAAUUUACAAGUGAGUCGUGUUCUGAGAAAACUGGGCAUAAUGCAUGUGCGUAAAGUGUCGCCCCAGAUUAGCCUGUGCAGUCCGCUUUUAUGACAUUUUUCGUUUAAAUGAAGUCUUUUCUGAGCAAAAAUCCAAUUUAGGCGGAAAGUAUCUUCCCUGAUUAGCCUGUGCGGACUACACAGGCUAAUCUGGAACGACACUUUACGCACAUGCAUUAUGCCCAGUUUUCUAAGAACGCGACUAAAGUUUAUUUACAUAUAAGGCCUAUAAGAGCAAACUGUUCACAUAGCAAUUUUAUACUUUCAUGGUUUACCAAGUGUGUUAUUUUUCUGUGUUGUGUAUGAUUUUAUUAUGUUUAUAUU